UGACCUUGAGAUAAGCCAAACUGUCCACAUAGCAGUAAUAAAAUAUAAAUAGUCACGCACGCGUUAUGAACACAUACACACUUUAUGUGUCUCUCGCUCCUUCUCACUAUCUGAAACACACAUGCACGAGUGAGACAGACUUUGGACUUUGGAAACAAAUUAGUUAAUGGUACUGCAAGAUUCAAGAUGUGUCAGAGACAGCCUUGCUCUCAGUCACACUCCUCUCACAGACUGUCUCGAACACAUUAGAUCUGUGUUUUGUGAUAUCUGUUUGGUCUUGAGAAGUGGGCAAGAGGUAGUCGGAUAAUCCCUUCACGACGGAACCAUCUCUGAAUCUAACAAGAGUCAUGUGGCAGAUCUUGGCCUUGUUGCUUAUCAUCUCCCAAGGAGCUUUGUCUCAGGACAAACUGAACAUGUGUAUGGACGCAAAACACCACAAAACAGAGCCCGGCCCAGAGGGAGUGCUGUACUCUCAGUGUGCUCCCUGGAAAGAUAAUGCUUGUUGCACGGCCAACACCAGUGCAGAAGCCCACGAGGACAACUCUUACCUAUAUAACUUCAACUGGAAUCACUGUGGGGUUAUGAGCGCCCAGUGCAAGAAGCAUUUCAUCCAGGACACCUGCUUUUACGAAUGCUCGCCACACUUGGGACCCUGGAUACAAGCAGUUGAUCAGAGCUGGCGUAAGGAGCGAAUCCUGGACGUGCCCCUCUGUAAGGAGGACUGUGAAUCAUGGUGGGAAGACUGCAAGAACGAUUUCACUUGCAAGACAGACUGGCAUAAGGGAUGGGACUGGAGUUCAGGUACGAACAAGUGUCCCGCAGGCAGCAAAUGCAGGAAGUGGACUGAAGUUUACCCGACACCCAAGUCCAUGUGCGAACAAAUCUGGUCCAAUUCUUACCUUUACACCACACACACCAAAAACUCUGGGCGCUGCAUGCAGCUCUGGUUCACCGGAGCAAACCCCAACAAGGCGGUAGCUGAGUACUACAUCAACAACGCCCCGCAGACCAAAGGCCCUGCCCUGACAGCAAUGCUCCUCCCAGCUCUCCUGUCUCUUUUUGUAAUGAUGUACUGAAAUUGCACCUCUGUCAGAUCCUGUAAGACAAUUAAAAUUGUUUCUAAUGCUCUUCUUACUCCACUGCUCAUUUUUUUAAGCCAGCGAAGCACCUGAAAAUUUGAUUUGGUCAGCCAUUUAAUCCACCACUUGCAUAAUCAAAAUAAACUAUUUGUAUCAGUCAUUUUAACCUC